CAGGUAAGUCACAGCCAUGAGAAACUGAUCACCUGACAACAAUAGAAAUACAACUAUUUCACUCACAUCAUGGCAUCGACGGAUAAAUCCGUGAAGUGGCUUCUUCUGUCAGUGGUGCCCACGCUGGUUCUGUUCAUUAUUUUCAUGCCGGCUCCAGCGUGCAGCACCAUGAAGAUCAACUGCUCCCGGCCAGAACAGCCCAGCUUGCUGAGUGCUCUGACCCCUGUGUUUGACCUCAAUGCCAUACGGCCGGUCCUCGACCCAAUGACGUACACCAACAUCAGCGUGUACUUCACUUUGUACGGGAUACUUGGAGUGGAUGAAAAGGCUCAGCUCCUGAUGACUUACAUUUGGCAAAGCUACUAUUGGUUGAAUGAGUUUAUCAGCUGGGACCCAAUCCAGUGUGGUACCGACAAGAUUUCUCUUCCCAAGGAGAAGUUUUGGCUUCCAGAUAUUGUGAUCAACGAGUUUAUGGAAGAAAACAAAGCACCAUCUGUUCCAUACGUGUACUUGUAUAGUGAUGGUACGGUGUAUGACUCUCAGCCUGUCAGAGUUGUGAGCUCAUGUAACCUCAAUAUCUACACCUUCCCAUUUGACGUACAAGAGUGCACUUUGACUUUCAACUCCUACAUCUACUAUGCGCUGGAUAUAAGGAUUUUACUUGGAAGACCCGCAAAUGAAACCACAGAGCUCUCAAAGAACGUGAUGACCACUAUGGGUGAAUGGGAACUGGUAGACAUCACCGCCCACAAACGUUUCAAUAAUGACACCACACUUCUUUACACGGACAAGCUUGUAUUUACUAUCAGAGUGAGGCGUCGGGCCACCAUGUAUGUGGUGAACCUGCUGAUCCCCAGCUGCUUCCUCAUCAUGGUGGACCUCUUCAGCUUCCUGCUUCCUCCACAGACUAUUGACCGAUCUUCCUUCAAGAUGACCCUCAUCCUGGGCUACUCCGUCUUCCUGCUCAUCAUGAAUGACCUGCUGCCCGUCACUGGAAGCACCAUACCUCUCAUAAAUGUGUUCUUCUCUCUCUGUCUGGCUCUGAUGGUGGCCAGUCUACUGGAGACAAUCCUCAUCACCAACCUGUUGUGCCGCUCGGCUAACUUCUCUCCCGUCCCUCGAUGGAUCCAAGUACUUGUCCUGAAAAUGUUGGGCUUUCUUGUUUGUAUGCCAAAAACAACUAGAAAGCCAACACACCAAGAACCAGGGACCAGCUCUGUGAAGACAAAGGACAAAUCUGAUGAGGGUCCUCUGGAGAACAAGGAUCCAGCUGGGGAUGACAAGGCCCUGCAGGAGCUGAAGAGUCUGAGUACGGUCCUCAGUGCUAUCCGUGAUGAGGUGGAGCAGAAGCAGAAAGGGACCCAAAGCUCAGAGGACUGGAUCCAGUGCUGCCCGAUGAAAGUCAAGUCUUCUAAACUUCUAUUCAUCCUCACCUCUCUGCUCAUCAGUGCCCCAUUCAGUUCUGCCAGGCUGAGCUGCUCUCAACCUAACCCACCUUCACUCUUGGGUGGUCUCCAAACAGUCUUCAACCUGAGCUCUAUUCGACCAGUUGUGAAUAUGUCAACCCCGACUGUUGUCAGCUUGUCCUUCGUCUUGUUUGGCAUUUUGGGCGUGGAUGAGAAGGCUCAGGUCUUAACCACAUAUAUCUGGCAAGCGCUAUCAUGGAAAAAUGAAUUUUCUGUGUGGACACCAGAAGAGUGUGGUUCGGUAUGGAUUGCAGUUCCACGAAACAAUCUCUGGGUACCAGAUAUAGUCAUCAAUGAAUUCAUGGAGAAAAACUCUGCUCCAUCCGUUCCAUAUACCUACCUUAACUGUGACGGCUUUGUUUAUGAUGAAAAGCCUGUCAGAGUUGUCAGCUCCUGCAGUCUUGAAAUCUACUUGUUUCCAUUUGAUACUCAGAACUGCUCAUUGAGCUUUAACUCUUACAUACACCCUUCCAGUGCCAUACAGCUGGCGCUCGACAGUACUCCAGAAGACAUAUUUCAGGCAUCUAUAGACGUAAUGUCAACUAUGGGUGAAUGGGAACUGAUUGGAAUUAAUGCAAAGAAAUCUGUCAUACCCACGUUAGAUGGAGACGGAUAUGAUGAGAUUCGUUUCUUUAUCUCUGUUCGCCGCCAUGCUAUGUUGUAUGUGGUGAACCUCCUGAUCCCGAGCGGUUUCCUAAUCACAGUGGAUCUCUUCAGCUUCAUAUUGCCCCCCCAAGACAUUGACCGGUCCAUUUUCAAGAUGACGCUCGUCCUGGGCUACACUGUCUUCCUGCUCAGUACAAACAACCUGCUGCCCAUAACUGGAAACACCAUACCGCUCAUAAAUGUGUUCCUGUCUCUCUGCCUGAUUAUGAUGGUUGCCAGUCUACUGGAGACCAUCUUCAUUACCAACCUCCUGUGCGGCUCUGCUCAUUAUGAUCCACCUCCUCGCUGGAUCAGAGUGUUUGUUCUUCAUGUUUUGGGCCGACUUGUACGACUUCCUCCAGAGCCAAGAAAAGAAGACAUUGUGAUUGAAAAUCCUGAUGCACAAGAAAUGAAGGAUUCCUCUUUAACAGCCAAAGACAACGAGACUCCAGAGCAGAUGGAGCUGCUGAAUGAGGACAAGACCCUGCAGGUGCUGAGGAACCUGAACACGGAUCUUCAAGCCAUCCACCUUCAGGUGGUCCAGCAGCUGAAAGGAAGCUCCAGCUCAGACGAAUGGAUCCAGAUCGGUUUUAUCAUAGACCGCCUACUAUUCAUCUUUUACAUCUUCUUCCUUGUAGUCAGCUUCAUCACCAUCAUUUUUAUCUGGGUGAACUCCUACCACAAACAGUGAUAUUAUUUUGAGUCUGUCAUGCAACACCUUCCAUCCAUCUUCACUUUCAUUUCAUGUUUUGGUGGUUAUUUUCUGUCCUGUUUUAAAAUGUUUACACCGGUAUGGGUAAAAAACUAAAGAUUUAAUUAAGUAACAAAAGUUUUUUCUUUAACGUUCUUUAACAAAUAACAGCUGAACCCUGUCCUGGAGAUGUCUAGCAGGACAACACCUGUCAUGCAUGUUACAAGUUACCUUAUAUCUUAAUUAAGGUCAAAUAAGGAAAAAGGCCAUAAAACAUGUUUUUUUUUUUAGCCGCUUAGGUGAAGACACGUAAAUUCAAAUAUAUUGUUAAGGGCCUCCUAUAUGAUGUUAUGCUUUGUUAUUUUGGUACUGAUGCUGUUUGCCAGUUACUUUUUGAGUAAUUUGUAAGUUAUGUGAACCACCCAGUUAUAUGCAGUAAAUAACAACAAGCUAAUGCUGUAGUUAGACUUCUACGAGAACACAGCUUAUAAACAGUGAAUCCCAGUUCAGAGUCUCUUAGCAUGUAGUAUGUUCAAUUGGUUGUGUAGAAAUGUAAUGUUAUUUAAGCGACCAAACAAACAUGCCAUUGCUUCUAUGGAAAUAGUCUCUUGUGUGUUAAUUUAAUAUAAAUUAUUGCAUUUAUUUAAAUGGAUGAUGAUAAAAAAAAGAGCAUGGUUUAAAAACUUCUAAUUAGA